AUGAUUCGUGAGGCGACACAUAUAAAUGCUCACAGAUUGAUUUUCAGCCUUCAAUGUCACCUUUCCCAACGAUUGCUCUCAUCUUUGCCUUCUCCGUUCUCUCUGGUACCACCGAGUUCCUGUUUCCUACAGUAUUGGCUCAAAUCACUUUCGAUUGGAGGACUAUUGAACCGACAAGCAAUUUAUCAUGGGUCGACUGCUACUCUGGCUACCAAUGCACCCUGUUUCCAGGUGCCUAUCGACUACUUGAAUGAAGACGGUAAUAAAGCUUCCCUCGCGGUAAUCAAGUUUUCCGCGCAUUCCAAGACCGAAUCUAAAGGAUCCGUACUGAUGAAUCCGGGAGGCCCUGGUGGUAGCGGCGUCGCCGCCUUGGCUCUCAUGGGUCCGCUACUUGCAUCUGUUAUUGGGAACCAAUAUGAUUUCAUCAGCUUCGAUCCCCGUGGGGUCGGUAAUUCGACGCCCCGAGCGGAGUUCUUUCUCUCAAAGGAAGAGCAUUCGCAAUGGCUUGCGAAUCCCAAUCCGGAGCUGGCCAAAGACAGAGAUAACGGAAUCCUGAAUCAUAUGACUACGGACAACAGCGCUCGGGAUAUGCUAUGGAUCAGUGAGGCGAAAGGCCAAGAGAAGCUGCAGUAUUUGGGAUUAUCUUAUGGGAUAGUUCUUGGCACCACCUUUGCUACAAUGUUUCCCGAUAAAGUCCAACGUAUGGCGUGGCAGAUAUGGACGGCCUAUUACAGAAAUGACUUGCGCAAUCAGAUUGCCGACACUGACAAGGUCAUGCAAUCUUUCUUUGAUGCAUGCGUGGCUGCUGGCCCCGAUGCAUGCGCUUUCCACGCCCCUACUUCAGAUGCCAUCUCUAAACAGUUCGAUUCUCUAUACGAGUCUCUUCUUAUUCAGCCAAUUCCAGUCUCAGAAUUGCCCCUCUCCCAACCGUACAGAUAUUUCUCUGUCCUCGCCCAAGGUCUCGCUGAUAUUGCGGCCGCCAGGGAUGGCAGUAUAAUUUACGGGAUGCAGGCGAUGGCCGAUGCAUCGAAUAACACGGACUCUGCGGCAGAUCUGUUGGCCUAUUGGGACAGCAUCAAGGAUUUAUCGACCCUUUCCGACUAUACUUUUUAUCCGAAGAAUCAGCUGCGCGUGAUGGAUGGAAAUUCCAUCGUGAGGGCAGAUUUACGGGUGAGAUUUUUUCCGCAGACAUCACUAGGGAUCAUUGUAGAAUAUCUAUUGAUAGGUCCGGUUACCGGAAAUACCAGUUAUCCUAUCCUUUUCAUACGAAACACCGCCGAUCCCCUUACUCCUCUAUCUAUGGCGCGGAAGACGUCGAGCGCAUUCCCCGGCUCCGUCGUUCUGGCUCAAAACUCGUCCGGGCACACCUCCCUGUUCUCUUUGUCUACAUGCACGCACGCAUACAUUCAAGCGUACUUUCAAAACGGUACACUUCCUGCCGACGGAACAGUCUGCGAAAUCGAGUCCGAGAUGUUCCCAACAUCGUCAAUCACCCUUGGUCGCCAAUAAUUCUGGAGUAUAAUCACUCUCCUUGUCCUAGUCCCCUUUUACCCCGAACAUUGGUUUGCUCAUCCCAGCUUCGCGUCCAAGUCGUACAUCUUUUUCUCAGUUUUUUGCUCGUAUCUAGCCCAAAGUUAUCUUACGUGUACUACUUCGGUUGGACUGUAGACAGUACGCGUGGUGUGUAAAUACAUGCACUCCGUUCUCAAUCUUCUCGCGAAUACCUUACUUCUUCGAAAAUUCGAGUCUUCAUCUCCGUAUCUCCAGUGACUUCAUACUAUAUUUGCUCGACACUUUCUUCGGAAGGACAUUUAUGUCAUCCAUACUGAGUACUCGAAAUGUAUUGGUUCGAUCCUUUCUUUCAUCCGAGGGCGAAGUCCUCAGGUUCACUGAAUUGCAGGGAACUGUAUGUUGCCAUUUGCCUUCUAUGAAGCGCUGAAAACCCGCAAAGAUGUAAAUUACCG